UGCAUCCAUGUAAAAGCAUAUGGCAAAGCCCAAAAAUAGCGCGGGGGAGAGGGCCGUGCGUGCUGGCCACAACACACACAUAUAUUCUGCAUAUCUAUGUACACUAGUCAACCCCAACACACAAAUGGAGACAGAGAUCGAGAAGCACGAACCCCUUCAACCACUGCACGUCCAUAUUCCGUUCGUUGGAUGCCAGCUUUUCUAAUAUGCCUCUUCUUCUUCUCGCCUUGCCAAUUGGCACCCUUCCUCCCUCUCAAUCUUCUUCCUAAGCCAUUCUUCCCAACAUCUGUCAAAUCCCCGUAAUCUAUCUUAGUCGCUGCAUUGAUCGAUCACAAUCUCAACAAAAAAGAAAUUAUGAUCUGCGAUCAAAGCUAGCUAGCCACUUUCAGAUCAUCACCCGCCAUUAAAAUUGCUCCAAGCUCGCUCUCUCACCAUCGCCGGCCAACCCAGCUGAUCGAUCAGACCAUUGUCUAGUUCGUAAUCGAUCCUGCUCGGCAUCAUCCUGCUCGAUCAAGGAUUGGUUAUCCAAGAUGAACGACCUCUUCUCGUCGGGGUCGUUCAAGAAGUACGCCGACCUGAAGAACCAGGCGGCGCUCGACGACAUGGAGUCCGGCGGCGGCGGCGGCGGCGGCGGCGAGGGCGCGAACCUGGAGCAGUUCUUCGAGGAGGUGGAGGGCGUGAAGGGGGAGAUGCGGGGGCUGGAGGCGCUGCACGGGCGGCUGCAGGCGUCGCACGAGGGGAGCAAGACGGCGCACGACGCCCGCGCCGUGAGGUCGCUCCGCGCCCGCAUGGACGCCGACGUCGAGCAGGUGCUCCGCCGCGCCAGGGCCGUGAAGGGGAGGCUCCAGGCGCUCGACCGCGCCAACGCCGCCAGCCGCAAGCUCCCCGGCCGCGGCCCUGGCUCCUCCACCGACCGCACCCGCUCCUCCAUCGUCUCCGGCCUCGGCACCAAGCUCAAGGACCUCAUGGACGACUUCCAGGGGCUGAGGAGUCGGAUGGCGGAGGAGUACAAGGAGACGGUGGCGCGGCGAUACUACACGGUGACGGGGGAGAAAGCCGAGGAGAGCACGGUGGAAGCCCUCAUCUCGUCGGGGGAGAGCGAGACGUUCCUGCAGAAGGCGAUCCAGGAACAAGGGCGCGGCCAGGUGCUCGACACCAUCUCCGAGAUCCAGGAGCGGCACGACGCCGUGAAGGAGAUCGAGCGCGGCCUGCUCGACCUCCACCAGGUGUUCCUCGACAUGGCGGCGCUCGUCGAGGCCCAGGGCCACCAGCUCAACGACAUCGAGAGCCACGUCGCGCGCGCCAACUCCUUCGUCCGCCGCGGCGCCGUCGAGCUCGAGACGGCGCGGGAGUACCAGCGGAGCAGCCGCAAGUGGGCAUGCAUCGCCAUCCUCGCCGGUGUUGUGCUCGUCGUCAUCAUCGUCCUUCCCAUCAUCGUCAACCUCCACCUCUUGACCAUUAGAUAGACUCCCUUUCUUUCAGGAAACUAUUCUAAUCCCUCUCGAGUGAUGUCCUCUCAUUACAUCAAAUAGUUGUAAAAGAUUUGAUGAAAUAGAUUAGUAUGUGAUAUAUUAUCCACAAACAUACACAUUUAAAUUUAAUUUCUACAAGUUAAAAACAUAAUGACUGUAUUUCUAGUAAGAUAUCAUACAUUGUCUGCUUGCCCCCGCAUCGUCCUCCCUCACGGGCGACAUGGGAGGCGGAAACCGCCGGCAUCGCCGCUCCCCCCUUCCUCUCUCUGCCGCCUCGCCGCCGCUGGCAAAGCCGCGCGGCCACAAGAACGGCGGCGGCGGGGCUUCGUCGCCUUCGUCUGCCUCUCCCGUCGGCGGUGGGGGCCCGCGCGAGACAGCGAAGGCUACCCAGAUCCGGGCUGCCGCGGCCGGAUCUGGCGGGGAGGCCGCCGGCGGAGGGUCGGCCUGAGGUGGCGGCGGCAGUUGGUGGUGGUGGCGGCGGGGAUUGAAGAUGGCGGGCUG